AGUCUUCGCGAAACCGGUCGUCAGUAACAAGAACAACUUUGUGAGGAUGAAAACUUUACUUCUUGUUUCUUAUAUCAUUUUGGCUGUAAAUGCCUAUCAAUUUGAUGAUGCGAUUUACAAUCAAUACCUUUCAAAAGAUUUUGAAUCUUUGGCUGAUGAUGAAGAAAUAACAAUUUUAAAUCACCGAGCACGCAGAGAAACCGAAGACCCGAAAUGUCAUCAUAAACAUCAUCAUCACCAUCACUUAUGUUGUGGGGCUGAAGACCUUGAAGCUCUUCAUAACGAAUUACGUGAUAUCAAAAAAGAAUGUUUCAAAGAAGUUACUGGGAAAGAAACGUUCCAUGGUAAACCAUUCGAUCCUUUUAAUUGCGAUGAUAUUGAACAACGCAAAAAAGAAAUGAUUUGUGUUAAACAAUGCGUUGGUAAAAAGAAGAACGCCGUUGAUGAAGAGGGAAAUCUUAAGGAAGAUGUUAUUAAAAAAUAUGUUACGGAGCAUACUUCAAUGGAAUGGUUAAAACCGAAACUCGAUGAUAUGUUAACUAAAUGUUUUGCAGAAGCUAAAGAAGCUGGAGAAAAAACGGAUAAAUCUGAUAAAAAUGCUUGUAAUCCAGCCCACAUCAAAUUCCAACACUGUAUGUUUAGAGAAACUCAACUCGCUUGUCCAGAAGAUAAAAUUGAGGAUCCAAAAACUUGCGAAAUUGUUCGGCAAUUUGCUAAACAUUCAAGUUUCUUCCCACAUCCUCCACAUUAAAUGUUUUAAUUAAAAAAAAAGUUGCUGCUUAAUGUUUGAUAAAUACGUAUGUUUUUAAUGCUGCUAAUAAAAGUAUUGUAACUUCACACGCA